ACUCUCAGCGUGUUUGUGAUUUUAAUGGCGUCGGCCACUGUGACGUCACAGGCCCCGGAAGGAUAUCAGCAGGAGACAGAAGUAAACGAAUUGAAGGACCAGUUGGCAGAACUGAAAGAUGUCGUGGCGAAACUGAGUCGAUACGCCAUGAUGCAGCAAUUCUCUGCGGAGGAGAGAGUCCGAUCUGAGGGUGCCUCUGGCGUGAACAUCGUUCGAGGGGACACACUGGGCAUGUACGACUACUACACCAACACACACGUGGGCCACGGUAUGAUGGCCGUACACGACCACUCCAACUAUGACCGGACUGUUGGAACAAAUCACUGAGAUGCAGGAGUGGUUCAAAGCCUUUGCGGAGCAGAACCACACCCUGAGAGACUACAGAGAGUACUUCAAGCCCGUGCUCUGUUACUUGGAGGGAACCUGGACGAUCAACGACAAGUUUAAGGAACCUUUCCACAGCGACAGACAUCACCUGGAGGCGGGCUCAUGGGAGGAACUGACUGGAAAGGUUCCCUCAGUACACCAAGCUUGACCGCCUGUUCCAUACCAUCCCCGGCCUGGACAACGGCCCAGCUGACCUACACCAGGACUCUUAUGGACAGCAAGUUCUCAGCAUGGCGCCUAGCACAACUGACCGGCCUCUCAACACAGGCUACUAUCACCGCAUGUUUAAGUCUGACCGUAAAGGAGCCAUGGGGAUAAAAGAAUAUGUGAGUGAGUAA